AUGUUCAAUUCAAGCAUACCAUCAAGCUUAUGGGACCAAAAAGCUUUGCUGAUUCUUGACUUAUUCUCAAAUUCAUUGAGUGGAGUUUUGCCUCAAAAGAUAAAUAACUUAGGAGCAGCAAUCUCUAUAGAUCUGUCCAUGAAUCAGUUGUCAGGGUCUAUUCCUAGCUCCAUUGGAAAGUUACAGAGUUUGGCUAAUCUGUUUUUGUCAAAUAAUAGACUAGAAGGUUCUAUUCCAAUUUCAAUGGGAAGCAUGAUAAGUUUAGUGACUCUUGACUUGUCUCACAACAACCUCUCUGGCUCAAUUCCAAAGUCAUUGGAAGCACUUCAAUACUUAAACUACUUUAAUGUCUCUUUCAAUAAUUUGAGUGGAGAAAUUCCAAGUGGUGGUUCUUUUAGAAACUUUACUAUGGAUUCUUUUAAGGGCAAUGAGGCAUUGUGUGGAAUUCCGAGUGGGAGCAAUCUGCUUGGCACCGGGAGUUCUUGCUCUGUGUACAAAGGAAUUCUUAAAAAUGGGAAAGUUGUCGCUGUCAAGGUAUUUAAUCUUCGGUUGGAAGAGUUCAAGGCAUUAGUACUUGAAUAUACGCCCAAUGGAAAUCUUGAGAAAUGGUUAUACUCUCAUAACCAUUUCUUGAGUUUCAUGGAAAGAUUGAAUAUGAUGAUCGAUGUUGCAUCGGCUUUGGAGUAUCUUCAUGGUGGCUAUUCGGCGCCUAUUGUCCACAGUGACUUGAAGCCAAGGAUAGCAAAGUUGCUAUGCGAUGGAGAUAGCAUGGUAUUAACCAAUACCCUAGGAACAUUGGGUUACAUAGCUCCAGAAUAUGGUUCAGAAGGACUAGUCUCCACAAGUUGUGACGUUUAUAGCUAUGGUAUGAUGUUGAUGGAAGUCUUUAAUAGAAAAAAGCCAAGUGACGACAUGUUUGUUGGAGAUCUAAGCUUGAAGAGUUGGAUUAAAAGGUCAGUUCCACAGUUCACAUAUAGAGUAAUUGAAGCCAACUUGCUUAUGAAUGUUGAUGAACAACAUGGCGACAAAAUUGUGGAUUUCACAUCAUCCAUACUGGAGUUGGCCUUAAAGUGUUGUGCAGUUUCCCCUAGUCAAAGGAGCAAUAUGAAACAAGCUCUAGCUGAGCUGCAGAAAAUCCAAAGUAGGUUUAUGAGAGGAAGCUUAAAUCAUGGUGGAGUACUUAAUUAG